UUCUCCAAGGAUCCACAUUCUGGAAGGUCUCCGCGUAGUUAGGCCGAGUUGUAGACGUGUCCUUACGGCUGCGGAGACCCCAGCGUCUCCCUUUGCGCCUUACCUCUGCCUUCAAAUCUUGUCUUGGACAUCUCUUCUCCCUUCCCAGCGCGGAUUCCAGGAUCUCUUCCCUCUGGGCCCAAUACCAGGAACUUGCCGUUGAAACCAGCCCUAGGUACCUUCCCUUGGCUGCCUGGUGUCUCCCCGGGGGCCCUGGUCCUGGGCCAUGGCCCACAGGGCAGGUCUGGGGCCUGGGUGGCUGGAGGCUGUGGCCAUUCUGCUUUUGCUUGGAUUAUUCCGGUCCGGACUUGCCUUCUGCGGUGUGGCCUCCCAAGCACGAAUCACAGGCGGCAGCAGUGCAGCCGCUGGCCAGUGGCCCUGGCAGGUCAGCAUCACCUAUGAUGGCGUCCACGUGUGCGGCGGUUCUCUCGUUUCUGAGCAGUGGGUGCUCUCAGCUGCUCACUGCUUCCCAAGGGAGCACCUGAAGGAAGACUAUGAGGUAAAGCUGGGUGCCCACCAGCUGGACUCCUAUACCCCUGAGGCUGAGGUCCGCACCGUGGCACAGGUCAUUUCCCACACCAGCUACCAGCAGGAGGGCUCCCAGGGUGACAUCGCACUCCUCCAACUCAGUAGCCCGGUCACCUUCUCCCGCUACAUCAGGCCCAUCUGCCUCCCUGCAGCCAACGCUUCAUUCCCCAAUGGUCUCCAAUGUACCGUCACCGGAUGGGGCCACGUGGCGCCCUCAGUGAGCCUCCUGGCCCCCCGGCAACUACAGCAACUCGAGGUGCCGCUGAUCAGCCGUGAGACCUGUAACUGCCUGUACAACAUCAACGCUAAGCCUGAGGAGCCCCACUUUAUCCAGCAGGACAUGGUGUGUGCUGGCUAUGUGAGAGGGGGCAAGGAUGCCUGCCAGGGUGACUCUGGGGGCCCGCUCUCUUGCCCUGUGGCAGGCCUGUGGUACCUGGCAGGCAUUGUGAGCUGGGGCGAUGCCUGUGGGGCCCCCAACAGGCCUGGCGUGUACACUCUGACCUCCAGCUAUGCCUCCUGGAUUCACCAUCAAGUGACAGAGCUCCAGCCUCGUGUGGUGCCCCAAAUCCAGGAGUCCCAGCCCGAUGGCAAUCUCUGUGUCUACCAUCAGGCCUUCAGCUCUGCCCCAGCCCAGAGCUUACUGGGGCUCAUCCUUCUGCUGCCACUAGGCCUGACCCUCAGCCUCCUCUGCUAAGCUAGUCAUCUAAGGAGCUGACCCUGCUUCCAGGACUUCCACACUGCACCCAAGGACAGAUGCCUGCCUUGGGAAUGGACCUGGCCCUUCCCUGACAUCUUUUGGGCCUAGGGACCGGCUUGAUUCACUCCUUCCUCCCAGGACCUGUGGGAGUACAUCCUGACCUUUGAGCCCCCUCUUCUGGGUUGGUUCUUUGGGACUACAAUCCACAGUCGGGAGGCUCACUACCUGUGGCAUUGGCUAGAACCUCUGGCCACCUCCACCUGCUGUCCACAAGCCUGCCGGUUGGGCUUCUAUGGAGCCCCUGAGGACCCUUAACUAUGAAAAUGAGCCCUGGCUCCCUGGUUUGUUUCCAGAAGACUAGGCUAAUUGCUGCUGAAAGGCUGGCCCCAGCGCCCCACCAGUCCUGCCUGAUAAGCCCCAUCACUUCACCCUCUUCCUAUCUUCUGAGCUGGGGCUGCCUCUGGGCAGCAAGUUUGCAAGCACAGAAAAGGCCCCAAUCUUGCCCUAUCGGCUGCCAUGCCCUUCUUGAACCUCGAUUCCUAGACUCCGGAGGACUGAGCCCCCACCGGAACUGGGCUUGGGCUUGGAUCUGGGGUGAGGACUAGAAGGAACAAGCAGGAGUAAAAUGUUUUUGAGCACAA